AUGGCCCAAAAAGCACUCACUAAAGCAGCAUCGCCAGCUAAGAAGAGCAAGAAUGCUAAAACAAAGCCCAUUAAGCUGCGAAAAGGAUGCAAAGUGAUCGCACCAAAGCAAAGCAUUCUCGUUAAGCAGCGCAGCAUGGAAAGAAAAAUGACUGCAAAGAUCAACAAGAAUAUUGAGAAACAAAUGUCUGUCAAAGCAAAUGCUGUUGGUAAACUCACAAUUAUGAAGACAUUGGCUGAGGCAGCAGCUGAAGAAGACAAGAAAGACAAGAAGAAGAAGUAA